AUGUAUCAUUUGGAAAGAUUACUAUUUUUCUUUUUAACAAUUCUAGUUAAUAUUAAUUAUUUAUACUCUCUUCAAGAUUCAAGUAAUUUUAAUUUAAUUAAUUUUAAAACUUUUCAACAAAAUGAUUUGCUAACUUCUGAAAAUAAAGGAAAUUAUAAUGUAGAAAGACAAAAAAGGCAAGCAAGACAAGGUAGAAGAACUCCAAGAAUAUCACCUCAAAGAAAAACACAACAACAAAGAGUACAACAACAAAGAGCACAACAACAAAGAGCACAACGACAAAGAAAACAACAACAGUGGUUAGAAGAGCAAAGAAUAUUACAACAACGUCGAAGAAAACAAUUUUUAUCGAAUCUACUUAAACAACGUGAAAGAAGAGAAAAAGAACGCUUAGAAAGAGCUAGAAGAGAAGAAGAAAGAAAGCAAGCAUUAAAGUCUACUACAACAACAGUUUCUCCAGAAGCUACUGUUGAUGAUGAAUUACCUUUAGACUAUGAUUAUGAUUAUAAUCCUUAUGAUAAUCAGGAUUUAGAUCAAGAUCAAGCAAAUGUGCCAUAUCAAUGA